GAGAGAGUUUUUCACUACUACCCGGUAAUAAGAAACAUUGCCAGCCCGUCAAAUGUAAACUGAGAGAGAGACAGAGAGAGACAGAGACACAGAUAGAGGGAGAGAGAGAGAGAGACACCGGGAGAGAGAGACCCUGAGGGAGAGAGAGGAGACGAUAUAUAUGCCAUUGGUUUGGGAUGUUUCUCAGUUGAGCGUCUGAAGACCAGCAACCAGUGCAGCGGCGACCCGUGGGCGGAGUCAGCAGCAGGCAUGGAGUACUGCGCCCCAGAGAACCAGUACCGCGUCGCCCGGCCCAUCUACUCCCACCCGGCGCUGGAGAGAGAAGGGGGGAGACUGGCCCGCACGGAGAAGACCCUCAAACAACGCCUAUCUGACAAGUGUGGAAGCUGCUCUCGAAAUCGGGCUCUGAAGACAUUCAAAGGGGUGUUCCCUGUGUUUGAUUGGCUGCCGAGAUAUCCAAUCAGGGAGUGGCUGUCCGGUGACAUCAUCUCUGGCAUCAGCAUUGGUCUGGUGUGUAGUUUACAAGGUCUGGCCUAUGGGCUGCUGGUGUCUGUGUCUCCGGUCUAUGGACUCUACUCGGCCUUCUUCCCCCUCCUCACCUACUUCCUGCUGGGCACCUCCAGACACAUCUCUGUGGGGCCCUUCCCGGUCACCUGUCUCAUGGUGGGCUCCAUGGUGCUCACGCUCGCCCCAGAAGACCACUUCCUGCUUCCUGCCAACGGAACCUCUGCGGGGAACGUGAGCGACGCGGGGGUCAGGUCGCUGGUGGACACGGAGGCCAUGGAAGCUCGUAGGAUCGUGGUGGCCUCCACCAUGACGGUGCUCGUGGGAAUCAUUCAGUUGGUGAUGGGGCUGCUCCAGGUGGGCUUCCUGGUCCGCUACCUGUCGGACCCCCUCGUGGGGGGCUUCACCACGGCGGCCGCCUGUCACGUCCUGGUGUCCCAACUGAAGACGGUCCUCUCCGUGCCCACAAACAACCACAGCGGGCCCUUCUCCAUCUUCUACACCCUGUCCGACGUCGUCGUCAACAUCCGACACAGCAACAUGGCCGACCUGGUCGCCGGGCUCCUCACCAUCGCCGUGGUGAUGGUCGUCAAGGAGAUCAACGCCAGGUUCCAGCACAGGAUCCCAGUGCCAAUUCCCAUCGAAGUGAUCGUGACAGUGCUCGCCUCCGGUCUGUCCUACUUCGUGGAUCUCCAGUCCCGCUACGGCGCCAACAUUGUCCUCAGCAUCCCUCGAGGCUUCGCCCCCCCGGGGGCCCCCGACACGGCGCUGUUCCCUGAGCUCCUGGGGGCCAGCGUGUCCACGGCCGUCGUGGCCUACGCCGUGGCCGUCUCCGUGGCCAAGGUGUACGCCGCCAAGCACGACUACGCCAUCGACGGCAACCAGGAGCUGCUGGCGUUCGGCGUGAGCAACGUCUUCUGCGGCUGUUUCUCCAGCUUCGUGGCGAGCACGGCUCUGUCACGCACCGCCAUCCAGGAGAGCACAGGGGGGAGGAGCCAGGUGGCCGGUGUUCUCUCCGCCCUGAUCGUCAUGGUGGUCAUCCUGGCCCUGGGACAGCUACUGGAACCACUGCAGAAAUCGGUGCUGGCUGCCAUCGUUAUCGCCAACCUCAAAGGGAUGUUCCUGCAGGUCACCCAGGUUCCCAAGCUAUGGAGGCAGAGCCCGGCCGACUGUUUCAUCUGGCUGUCCACCUGCGGUGCCUGCGUGGUCCUGGGACUGGACGUGGGGCUACUGGUCGGCCUCCUCUUCCAACUGGGAACGGUGGUGGUCAGAACCCAGUUCCCUGCAUGCUCCACUCUGGGGAAUAUUCCCGGCACUAACCUGUACAGGGACUUGAAGGACUACAAACAUAUCUCAGAGAUCCCCGGGGUUAAGAUCUUCAGGUGCAGCUCCCCUGUUUACUUCGCCAACGUCGACUACUUCAAGGACCGCCUGCGGGCCGCCGUGGGCUUCGACGCCGUCAGAGUGUUCAAAAAGAGGAGCAAGGCACUGAAGAAGAUCCACAAGCUCAUCAGGAAGGGCCAGCUGAAGGCCCCGGAGACAGGCCUGGUCCUCGCCGAGGACCAAUCCCCCGGCAUGGAGAACAAAGGCUUCCAGAGUGACCACGACGACGGGGGGCGGGACCACAGGGUUGAGGUGCCCGUGGAUUGGACGGCCGAGCUGCCCGUCAAGGUGUCAGUGCCCAGGGUGGACAUCCACAGCCUGGUUCUGGACUUCUCGGCCGUGUCCUUCCUGGACGUGGUGGCUGUCAAUCGCCUCAGGCUGGUCAUCAAAGAGUUCCUGCGCAUCGGAGUCACAGUUUACAUCACAAGCUGUCACGAUCAGGUGUUGAGGGAAUUGGAGGCCAUGGUCUUCUUCGAUGAUGUGGUGACCAAAGACCUCCUCUUCGUCUCUGUCCAUGACGCCGUCCUUCACAUCCAAUCACAGGCCAGGACGCCUGCUCAUGAUGUCAUUUCCGAACAGCUUUCAGCACUGCAAGAAAACAAGGACCCAUGCCUGUUUGAGAAGGAUGAGGACCUGAUGGAGACCUCUGACAAUCAACACACAGCGUUCCACGGGCUUUCAAACUAGUACACACCCGACCGGAGGUCCUCCAUCUCCAGAGAGAGGACUACUCUGGACCCGGUCUCCCCUCGACCCGGUCUCUGCAGAGGUCUGGACCCCUCAGGCCCCCCUCAGAGGCCCCCAGUCCCCUGGUUUAAGGUUAUGCCUGACCUUUGACCUUCCACCUAUGACCUUUGACCUUAUUCAGGGGGUCGGAGCGUUUAGUGGCUCCGGCGCGCAAUUCCCUAGGGAAAGGUUCCGGGUUCGAUCCCCAGUGUCAGGCAGCCUUACCUAGGCACUGUUGAGCAAGCAGACUUUAACCCCCCCACCCCCCCUUGCCUUCUCCUCGUUAAGUCGCUUUGUGUUGAAUAUUAGGUUGUGUGUUGAAUAUCAUUACUCACUGUGUGCACCUUUGUGCCGAGGUACUACCCUGAAUAAACAGGACAAUGUCACGGACACUCGUCAAUGGGACGGAUGCUCCUGUUUGACUCGUGUUGCGAGGACAGGAAAGGCCUGCCUUCAGGUUGUUGCGUGUUGUGUGUUGUUACGUGUAAGUGCUUCCCUGGUAAAGUCCUGCCGAGGUUGCGGGAUUGACUCCCACUGGGGGCCUCGUCCCUUGCUUAGAACGUACGCACUUUACGGCAGCGCAAGACGUGGUGGAUGCGGCAAAAAAAACAUCCACCGAAUGCAGAUAUUACAUGCAUGCUGAGGUGUUAAUGAAAAAUAAAG